AUGAAUCCCAGGGUCGGUGUUGGUGUUUUUGUCUUUAAUAAGAAGGGUGAAGUCGUUCUUGGCAGGAGAAAGAAUAGCCACGGUGCCGGUACCUGGGCUUUCCCUGGAGGUCAUCUUGAAUUCGGCGAAUCUUUUGAAGAAUGCGCGGCGCGGGAGGUCCUCGAAGAGACCGGUCUGAAGGUUUCGGGCGCUCAUUUUCUUACGACGACGAAUGAUGUCAUGGUUGAUGAUGGAAAACAUUAUAUUACUGUUUUCGUGGGAUGUCAUGUUUCUGGCAACAAUCAAGAACCCCAGUUGCUGGAACCUGAAAAGUGCGAUCGGUGGGAAUGGGUGACUUGGGAUGAGAUCCGCUCGUAUCUGAGUCCUAUCCAUGGCGAUGGACCAAAGGCACAUCGCAAGCUAUUUUUGCCGCUUGUGAAUCUCGUUAAGCAGCGACCGGGGUUUGAUCCGACCUGUGUUCUAACUAGUGAGAAAGAGGGUGGAAUCAGCUGA